AUGGUAUUCCGCUUUGAUCGGAUUCCAUCAAUCAUUUCUAAUUUCUCUAGACAAACCAAUGAGACUAACAUUUAUAGUAAUCUGAACCUAUCAGUGUUAGACUUACCCAGUGUCAUUGAGAACAAGAUUUAUAUGCUUGCAAAAACAGUAUCUAGAAAGAAAGAUAUUGACCGGAUUGGCGCUUACAUAGCAAAAAAAAUUGCAGCUAGACUAUGUGUUGAAGUACCUCGGGUACUACCUUCCAGACUCAAUAGACAAAGAUUAAUAGAAAAUUUACACAGCAAAAUGGCUUAUUCAUCAAAAAUACACGAUUCAAAUGAAGAAAUUAGUGAAACAAAUGUUAUUAAAAGAUCAAACGAUGAGGAAGCGCUCUCUCAGCGAUUGUUGUCUGAUUUGGAAGACAAAAGACAUCAGAUAAACACAAUAUCGUACACCCCUCACGUCGCCAUCGCACAUACAAUCCACUUCUUUCCUGGUCAAUACGCAGUAUUUGUCAGGAUACUUACAGAAAUCAAACUCAGGACUAAUUUUUCUGGUUCCAGAAUACUUAUUCACCAAGCGGGUUCCGGUGCUUCUUUAGCUGCAUUAUAUAGUGUAUUUAAGCAAGAUUUCAAAGAAAUUGUAGUGAUUGAACCAUCAAAAAACUUGCGCGAUAUAUCAUCGUUCCUCAUGAAAGAUUUAUUACACUUGGAUUACCGUCAAAACAUUUACUAUGAAGAUAAGAAUUACGAUAUGAUUAUAUUAUCAUAUUCAUUGAUUAACGUCCCGGGGUAUACAAAUCUAUGGAACAAAUUAAAUUCAAAUGGGAUGAUGGUAAUUGUAGAAAUUGGAACCCCUACUGGCUUCAGAAUGAUCCAUUCCAUUAGAGAAUUAUUCAUUAAGGACCUUAAAAAGGGAAGUUUUCACUUUGUUGCACCAUGUCCACACGAAGGAAUUUGUCCUUUAGCACAAACAGGGAUGGAUUGGUGUCAUUUUUCUCAGAAAAUUAAACGAAUUCCUUACCAUAUUUAUAAGAAAGGUUCAAAAGCUAACAAUAUUGAUGAUGAAAAGUUUUCAUACUUGAUAGUUAGGAAAUCAACUGGACCUAGAGAUACGUUUGAAUCUCAGUUUGAUACAAAAUCUAUCAUGGAACGGUCAUAUUUUUGGCCUAGAAUAAUAUUUCCCACAAUGAAAAGAGGGAAACAUGUACUAUUAGACGUCUGUACAAGGCGUGGUAACUUUGAGAGAUUGGUUGUGACAAAAAGUUCGCCUGAAUCUUGGGGUUAUAAAUUUGGACGUAAGGGACUUUGGGGAGAUUUAUGGCCAUAUCCAAAAAGAUUAAAUAGACCUGAAGGUAGAGGAUAUACCCCCAGGAAAGUACUAGAAUAUCUUCGUAAAUCAAGGAGAUUGGCACAAUCUAUUGACAACAUUGGCUUGUGUAAAGAUCAAUAUGAACGGGAUCAGAUUGAGAAUUACAAAUCUUAA